AUGGUUGGCAGGGCUGCCCUCUACGUUAUAGUACUAUGUGGAAAGCCAGAGGAUGUCAAUGAACUUCUGAAUGAAAGAAAAAUUGACCCAGAUAUUGUCAUCAUUUUAAUUGAUAUCUUACAACAAACAUAUUAUACAAAUAAAACUUCAAUGGAUUACAUGAAGCAAGUUUUAGUAGUGACAGUUCCUCCUCCAGACAGACACUAUGAAGAUUUUAACAUCACAGGGAUUCCCAGUGAUUAUGUACGGGGCUAUGUUGAUGCAGUUUUCCUAUUUGGCUAUCACCUGAAAAAUGAGUAUAACUCUGGCAAAACUGUAGAUUUCACAAGCAACUUCAAUUAUACCACCAUUCAAGAAUCCUGGGGCACACUACAUUUUGAUACAAAUGGAGAUAUAGAGGAGAAUAUCAGCAUCAUUUAUACAACUGCAGAUACACUCGAAUACAAACUCCUCCUUCAAUGUGACACCAGUACUGGCACAAUAAUAAUAAAUGAUCCCAGACCGAGUUUCAUCUGGAAGAAUGGACUACCCAGUGAUGUCCCCAAAGAAGGCCUCAGCGUUCUGAUCAUCGUCAUUAUUGCCCUAAGUGUCCUGGUGGUCCUGGUCCUUCUCAUCUUGCUCACAGUUUUCAGCUUGUAUAGAAUUGAACAUGCAAAUCGUUUAAAGAAAUGGUCCCAUAUUGCACCUGAAAAAAUAGUUAUGGUUAACAACUCAGACAUCAGCCGUGUCAGCCUCAAGAUUGAAGAGGACCUAAGAAAAAACAGUUUCACAGAGAGACCAAAGAUUGCCAGGUAUGAUGAGAAGCUAAGUUUAGAAUUUUGA